CAACUUCUGUCAACCCAACAACUGAGGCAACUCACUGAGACUACAAGAAAGAGAGAGAGAGAGAAGAUGCGUCUGACUCUUCUUGCCUUGGCUCUGGCCACUCUGCUUGUGGCCUCCUCUGCCUAUCCUUACCAUCUUCCGCCUGGUAUGGCUCGUGCUCAGCAACAGAACUACUAUCGAGAGCCUUUCACUGCUGGAAUGCAGAAUUGCAAGCCUUCUGGCUCCUCCUGUUUCGGAUAUUAUGAAUGCUGCAGUCAAUAUUGCACCGGACUAUUUUAUACUCCGGGGAUUUGGGCUUAAAGCAGCCCUGAAAAUUAAUUCCCCCAUGUGUUGUGCAGCUGUAUAGAAUGA